AUGACUUCAGAGAGAGAGCAGCAGCUGGGCAGCUUAACUGUCUUCCACAAGGAGGACUUUGAGGAGGACUGGGUGAAGGUGGCCAGUGGGGGCUUCGGGCAGGUGUACCAGGUGAAGCACAAGAGGUGGAGGACAGUCUAUGCCGUGAAAUGCUCCCCGUACCUGCUGCAGGACUCCAGCCUGGAGAGGAGCAGCAUGAACUGCCUGAUGGAAGAGGCAACCAAGAUGGAAAAAAUCAAGUUCCAGCACAUUGUCACUAUCUAUGGGAUCUGCAACAGCCCCCUGGGGAUAGUGAUGGAAUACAUGGCCAGAGGGUCCUUGGAGAAGAUCCUGCCCACCCACAAGAUGUCCUGGCAGCUCAAGUUCAGAGUGAUCCACGAGAUGAGCCUGGCCAUGAACUUUCUGCACAGCAUGAGUCCUCCUCUGCUCCACCUGGAUCUGAAGCCAGGGAACAUCCUCCUGGAUGGCAACAUGCACGUCAAGAUCUCAGACUUUGGGCUGUCCAAGUGGAUGGAGCAGUCCAGCAGGAUGCAGUACAUCGAGAGCUCAGCUUUGAGAGGCACCUUGAGCUACAUCCCCCCCGAGAUGUUCCUGCAGAACAGCAAGCCCCCAGGCAUCAAAUACGACGUGUACAGCUUUGGGAUUGUCAUCUGGGAGGUCCUUAUGCAGAAGAAGCCUUAUGCAGGAGCCAACAUGAUGGCCAUCAUCGUGAAGGUUGCAGCAGGGAAGAGGCCCUGCCUGGAGCCCAUCAGUGAGGAGUGGCCAGGGGAGUGCCAGCAGAUGGUUGACCUGAUGAAGAGGUGCUGGGACCAGGACCCCAAGCAGCGUCCAAGCUUUACAGAUAUCCAUGUGGAGACAGACAUGCUGCUGGCACUGAUCCAGAGCCUCGUGGUGGAUCCAGAGAAUGAGCGCCUGGUCAGGAAGAUGUCUCACAAACCUGCCCUCUCAGGCAGCCAGCAGCACGACAGAGAGGAGCUGCCCUUGCCAGGAGAUGCCAGGAGUGGUGCUGCCCACCAGCAGGUUCCCGUGCCAGCCUUGCCCAGCGAGCCGGCAAGCCCCGAGGAGCUGCUGCCCGAGGCCACCUGCGGGGGAGCCGAGCAGGGCUUGAGCUUGCUGCACCUGCAGGUGCUGCAGGGCAGCGUGGAGAAGGUGAAGCUCCUGCUGGGCUGCCGAGCGGGCGUCAACAGCCGAGCGCUGAGCGGCUGCACCCCGCUGCUGCUGGCCGUCCAGCGGCGCUGCCCGGAGCUCUGCUCGCUGCUGCUGGAGCACGGCGCCGCCGCCAACGCUGCCGACGGGGAGGGCUGGACCCCGCUGCACUUCGCGGCGCAGAACGGCGACGACAGGAUCGUUCGGCUCCUGCUGGACCACCAGGCGGAGGUGAACGCUCAGGAACACGACGGCUGGACCCCUCUGCACCUGGCCUCGCAGAACAACCUGGAGAACGUGGCCCGGGUGCUGCUGUCUCGCCAGGCGGACGCCAACGUCCAGGAGGCGGAGGGCAAAACCGCCCUGCACCUGGCGGCUUGCUUCGGCCACGUCAGCCUGGUGAAGCUGCUCGCCAGCCAAGGGGCAGACCUGGAGAGGCAGCAGAAGAACCACAGGACCCCCCUGCACGUGGCGGUGGAGAGGGGCAAGUUCAGGGUGGUGCACUACCUGCUGCAGAGGGGGACCUGCGUCAACAGCCUGGACCAGAAGCGCUGCAGCCCCCUGCACCUGGCGGCCGUGCGGGGCAGGUACCUCAUCUGCGAGAAGCUCAUCAAGCACGGGGCCAACGUGGAGCUGAGGACGGACAAGGGCUGGACCGCCCUGCACCUGGCCUCCUUCAAGGGCCACAUCGAGAUCAUCCACCUGCUGAAGGACAGCCAGGCCAGGCUGAACGCCAGGGGGGGCAUGGAUUGGACUCCCUUGCACCUGGCCGCCCGCUACAGCGAGGAGCCUGUGGUCUGCGAGCUGCUGAGGUGUGGGGCAGACCCCAACAUCACCGAGAGGGCAGAGUGGGCCCCGUUGCACUUUGCAGUCCAGAGAGGCUCCUUCCUGACUGUCAUCAACCUGCUGGAGUGCAAGGCGGACGUCAACGCCAAGAACAAAGUGGGCUGGACGCCCUUGCACCUGGCUGUCCUCAAGGGCAACAUGGCCAUCGUCAAGACCCUGCUGAAGGCUGGUGCCCAGCUCGACGUGGAGGACAUCACUGGCUCCACAGCCCUGCAGCUGGCAGUCAGGCAUCAGAGGGAGAACAUCAUCACGCUGCUGCUGCAGGGCAAGGACGCGCUGGGCAGUAAGGCAGGCAGCAGGGCGGAGGUGAAGGAGGCUCAGCUGCCCAGACCCAGGCUGGUUUCAGGCAGGACAGAUCUGUAGGCUCAGUUGAGGUUGGCUCUGAGAGAUGCAUGGACUCAUGGAAGGGGUUGGGUUGGAAGGGGGCUUGAUGAUCAGCCAGUCCC